CAAUCAACCCCUGAGCUCCAAUCCCGAACCAGGAUUAAUAAUCGAACAUCGAUACAUUUAUUCAUCAUCGCAAGGAUGUCAGACGCCAAGCAAAUCAUGGCACAGAAAAGUGCUAAAAUAGCAGCUGGAGCUGUCGUGUGUGUUGAGAGUGAAAUGAGAGGAGAUGUGACCAUUGGUUCUAGAACAGUAGUCCACCCCAAAGCACGGAUCAUAGCAGAGGCAGGCCCUAUUAUCAUUGGAGAGGGCAAUCUAAUAGAGGAGCAGGCGCUUAUUAUUAACAGUUAUCCAGAGAACAUCAUGCCGGACACAGAGGGAGUUGAGCCAAAAACCAUGAUAAUAGGCACCAAUAAUGUGUUCGAGGUUGGAUGUGUCUCUCAAGCUUUGAAAAUUGGAGACAACAAUGUGAUUGAGUCUAAAGCUGAUCUCGGGAGAAACGUGAUCCUGACCAGCGGAUGCAUCGUCGGCGCGUGCUGCCAGGUCAACACGUGUGAGGUCGUGCCGGAGAACACGGUCGUGUACGGUUCAAACUGCAUCCGGCGUGUGCAGAGUGAAAAACCACAGCCUCAGACUCUGCAGCUCGACUUCCUCAUGAAGAUCCUGCCCAACUAUCACCACCUGAAGAAGACGGCCAAAGGAAACAGCACGCCUGUGAGGAACUGAAGAUGCGACCCAAAGCAUCUGCACACACUGACACUGACACGUUCCCCUCAACUUGCACUUGUCUUACACUUCUACACGCGUCUAGUAGAAUACCUCUGACACUGCAAAUGACACAUCCCAAACUUUAUUCCUUCCUGCAUCUUCAACACAUGACACAGUUUCUGGUUUUGUACUUUUGCUUUCAGAUUAAUAUUAACUAAGUAUGACUAUUUCUGUGCCAUUUUUAUGUUAUGUCAAUUAUACUUAUAUAUAUUUAUAAUUGUUCCAUUAAAUAUUGCAAUAACAAUUCUAAUAAAGAUUGCAUUCAAGCUUUUA